CACUUUCAGGUUUGGUUCAAGAAUCGCCGAGCAAAAUGGCGUAAACGUGAGCGAAACUAUGUGGAUUCGAAAGGACUCAGCACCACGCUUGGCUCAUCAAUGAGUGCCAUCGGUGGACUCCAAACUGGGCUGGGUCUUGGCAGCCUUCAAAACAGUUUCUCUCAAUCGCUUCUACACGCUCCGGGACAGAUAGAUGAUGCGAGUUCAUUCUAUGGGUACGGUGGCGGCUGGCAGACAGCCAACUACCAACCAAGAGGCGGGCAGACGGCUGCCUUCAAUUGGCCAAUGAAAAAUCAGUUUGCGUCGACGUUGCCUGUGAUGUCCCAGACAAACCGAUUUUCUUCGCCAAUGUCUGCUUUGCAUUCAAUGCCAGGCACUACUCAAGCUCUUCCGUCAUCAUUGAAUCAGUCACUGCAACAACAGGACAAGCUGAAGCUGAUGGACAAUCUCAGUAAUUCGCUUAACGCCUCACCUUUUCAAGGAACGUUACCCCUGAACACAAAUUAUAAUUCAUGUCAAUACACUGGGCCACUUUAG